AUGGCAGUGCCUGCGUUUAAUCGUUGGUUAGUGAACAAGUUUCCAAAUGUGCUGGCAAACGUCGUUGAAGCUAAAGGGGAGAACUUAGAUACAAGCUUACCGAACCCAAAUGGGAUUGAGUUCGAUAACCUUUAUCUUGACUUGAAUAACAUUAUUCACCCCUGUUUUCAUCCUGAAGAUGAUGAAGAAGAACUUCCUCCUCCAAUAACUUUUGAAGAAGUCUUCGAGAACAUAUUCAAAUACAUUGAUCGAGUCUUCAACAUCGUUAGACCUCGGAAACUUUUAUACAUGGCCAUCGAUGGAGUUGCUCCAAGAGCUAAGAGGAAACAGCAACGAGCUAGGCGUUUUCGUAAUGCGAAAGACAAAGCAAUUGCUGAAGAGGAAGAACUUAGAGUGAAGAGACAGUUUGAAAUGGAAGGUAAACAAGUACUUCCAAAGCAGGAAUCUGAGCUAUCUGAUUCUAACAUAAUCAUUCCUGGAACAAAGUUCAUGCAAGACUUGUCAAAAGCACUUAAUAACUAUAUUAAGUCUCGGUUAAGUAGCGAUUUGGGGUGGAGGGAUAUCAAGGUGAUUCUUUCUGAUGCCAAUGUUCCUGGGGAAGGAGAACACAAAAUCAUGUCGUUCAUACGGCAGCAGCGUAAACUUCCUUCUUACAAUCCCAACACUCGUCACUGCUUAUACGGACUGGACGCGGAUCUCAUUAUGCUGGCAUUGGCUGUCCAUGAAGUUCAUUUUUCAUUAUUGAGAGAGGAUGUGCUUGUUGAAGAGCAGCAUGGCCAUUUGAGUUAUAAACCAUUUCCUGAUACACAAACAAAGUCAUCUUCACUUCGAUGUAGAGGACGAUGGUUUCCAAAUGUAUCAAAGUUAGAAGAAAAAGACAGUUACUCCAUUGUUAGAGUGAAGCAUUAUCAGUUUCUGCAUGUUUGGAUAUUGAGGGAAUAUUUGGAGCUUGACCUGCAAAUUUCUGAUCCUCCUGAGAGCUUUAAGUUCGAUAUUGAGCGGAUAGUAGAUGACUUUAUAUUCAUGUGUUUCUUUGUUGGAAAUGAUUUUCUUCCUCGCACACCCUCUUUGUCAAUUCAUGAGGGUGCAAUUGAUUUGUUGAUGACUGUUUACAAGAAAGAGAUGAAAAAUAUUGGUGACUAUCUUGUUGAUAUGCUCCUGGCGGAGGACAAGAAAGCGGAGUUUAUCAAAUUAUCUAGAGUUGAGAAGUUCAUUCUCUUGGUUGGUACAUUUGAAGAGAAAAUUUUCAAGAAAAGAUCAGAACUAUGGGAACGAAAGCUUAAACAUCUUUGCGCACAUGCUGUACAUGAUGAGGAUUAUAAUAAUUCCUGUAAGGCUGAAAGUAACAAUUCCAAUAAUUCUGCAAUUGUGUCAUUGGAAAGUAAAUCUUGUGACUAUUCGGAGAUGGUCAAUAAUACAAAGGAAUUGAAGCAAACAGUGAAAGAUAACCUUAGCAGGAAAUCCAAUUUGUUUCAAAAUGGAGAUAUUGUUGACAAGGUGAAACUUGGUUCUCCUGGUUAUAAAGAGAGAUAUUAUAGAGAGAAGUUUUUUGCAUAUAAUGCAGAUGAGAUUGAAAGUACAAGGAAAAAAUUAGUAAGAGACUAUACUGAAGGAUUAAUUUGGGUACUUUUGUACUAUUUUUCUGAAACUCCAUCGUGGACUUGGUUCUAUCCCUAUCACUAUGGACCGUUUGUUUCCGACUUCAAGGGCAUAUCCCAGGUCAAAGAAAAUUUUGUAAAAGGUGUUCCAUUUAAACCGUUUGAUCAUCAAUUGAGUAUCCUGCCCCCAAGGAGUGCUCAUGUACUUCCCGUUGCGUAUCAGACACUAAUGAAUGAUGAUAGCCCUAUUAUUGAUCUUUUCCCAAAUGAUGUCGAGAUUGAUGUGGAUGGAAAUUGUUUUACAUGGCAGGGAGUUUGUAAGCUUCCGUUGAUAGAUGAAAGUCGCCUUCUUUCUGAAACUGUGAAAUUAGUGAAGGAUCUUGGGGUUGAAGAAAGUGAGAGGAACAUGGUGAAAUGUGAUCAGCUACUAGUGCGAUCCACACACAAGGUAGGAUCACACAUCCUUUCGGUUUAUAGACAGCGCAAUGAGAUCACAGAAGGCACUAGUUUGAGCUCUUAUCUCAUAAUUUUCUCUGUUCUUCUUAGUGAAGUAAUUGGCGGUUCUUUACGGCUUAGCCACAAGUACAUUGUUAUGGAUAAUGAAGAAGUUCAUGACAGCAAUAAAGACUUUGUCCUAUGUGCUGAUUAUGAGCCACCCAAUUGUGGUGCACACAUUCCUCGCCUACUUGAUGGUGUAAAACUACCAGAAAAGAUAAUUAGAGAAGAAGACCUUGAAGACACAGAACUAUGGCAUGAAUAUUGUGGAAUGAAACAAGACAAGAGAUACAACAUGAACAUUCAGGACAGGUUUAGAAAAGUGAGCAUCAAUAGUGAAUACAUGCACAAUGGUUCUGGAUCUUCUGGAUGGAGAUCAGCUGGAAGAGGAAUGGCGAGAACCGAGUACAAUGGAUCUUUAGUCAUGCAUAACCGUCAAAGAUCUGCAUCUCAUGAUCACGUCGUGUACAAAAGUUGUGAUACUGGAUGGGGUAAUUCGAAAGCUCAUAACAUCAAUGCUAUAAGAUCGAGCAGCGAAAAGGGAAAUUUCCAUAAUGAUCAAGCCAGUUCUCUUCAAACAUCUGGUUCAUGUGAGAAGUGGAAGAAAGUAACAACACCAUGGGCGACUCCGUUGACCCAACCUAACAGAAUUGGUCAGCCAAGGAAUGGAAAUGUCUGGCAGUCAAGCCAGAAUAUUUCCCGGUCUGAUGUUAGUAACAAUUGGCGCCAUGGUUCAUGGAAAACCAGUGAUAACCGCUCCAUGAAAGCCAAGGAGUUUGUCAACAGUGAACAUAUCCAAGUGUGCUUUGUUGCUGUAUCAGCAACGGAAUGGUACUCAGCCUUGGUGGAAGAUCGGGCUAUGGUGCAUUGUUUCUUCGAAUUUCCGGACAUUAAGUUUCGAACAAGAUAUACCAAGUAUGCACUGGUUGAUGAAAAUGCAUGUAUACUGGUGAAAGAAUUAUGA